AUGUUACCAGCGCCAAAAGGGUUGUUUUCGCCGGAGCCAGAACAUUAUCGAGGACCAAAGCUAAAAGUUGCCAUCAUUGGAGCUGGGCUUUCUGGCAUAUCAACUACAGUGAAACUCUUGGAUCAAGGACACGAGGGACAUUACCAUCCUAAAAUUCUGAAAGCCUUAACAGAGCAGGCAGAAAAGCUGACGCUGAGCUCUCGAGCCUUUUACAAUGAUCGGUUUCCACCAUUUGCUGAGCAUUUGACAAGUAUGCUUGGUUAUGAUAUGGUUCUUCCCAUGAACACUGGUGCUGAAGGAGUGGAAACAGCUCUGAAAUUAGCAAGAAAGUGGGGUUAUGAAAAGAAAAGAAUUCCCAAAGAUGAGGCUAUUAUUGUGUCAUGUUGUGGCUGCUUCCAUGGCCGUACACUAGCUGUUAUAUCUAUGAGUUGUGACAAUGAAGCUACCCGGGGUUCUGGUCCUUUAUUGCCUGGCCAUCUUAAAGUUGAUUUUGGUGAUGCAGAAGCCCUUGAAAGAAUUUUUAAAGAAAAAGGAGAACACAUAGCUGGCUUUCUUUUGGAACCCAUCCAGGGUGAAGCUGGGUGGGAAAUCCUUGUUGCUUCUUCAAAUUCUUUGGCUAAGAAAAAGAUAGGUGUGCUUAUAGAUUUCAUUUUGGUUUUUCCUGUGAGUGCAGUUCUUGCAGACAAGGAUGUAAUGCUUUGUAUAAAACCAGGAGAGCAUGGAAGUACCUUUGGCGGGAAUCCAUUGGCCAGUGCUGAACUUCUUAAAUCCUAUGAUUAUAAAGUUUUACCUAAAGGAGCUAAAGCUACUGUCUCUCUAUGGUUCAGUUGCAUUUGAUGAAGAUUUUGAAGCUCAACUAGCUGACAACAAUGAUGCAAGACUGGAAGUGUCUCUAUUGGCGAGGAGCCCUGACCAAGAGCUGACUGAAGUUAGUAACUCAAUAGUUGAACAAGUUGGCUUAU